CCCGGUAGUUGUAACAUUUUCUUAAGCGCAUUUUUGAAGCGACCCGGAAGUAGUUUGAUCCACGCGAGUCGUUGCACAUACGAAGGCGAGCAGAACACGAUUCGAGGAAACUGUUUUUAAUAAGCCAGCAACCAUGAGUCUCUUAACGAAGCCCAAGUCAGAGAUGACCCCCGAGGAGCUUCAGAAGCGAGAGGAGGAGGAGUUCAACACCGGCCCCCUCUCUGUGCUCACACAGUCAGUGAAGAACAACACGCAGGUCCUCAUAAACUGUCGCAACAAUAAGAAGCUGCUCGGCAGAGUCAAGGCAUUUGACAGGCAUUGCAACAUGGUCUUGGAGAACGUGAAGGAGAUGUGGACAGAAGUUCCAAAGAGCGGGAAGGGAAAGAAGAAGUCGAAGCCCGUAAAUAAGGACCGCUACAUUUCUAAAAUGUUCCUCAGGGGGGAUUCUGUCAUCGUGGUGCUGAGAAAUCCUCUGAUCACAGGAAAAUGAACUCUCUUAAUGCACCCUGCUGAACCGCUCACCUACCCUUCUUUUUUUUUUUUCUUCUUCUUCUUAUUGUCCCUUAAGGAAGUGGUUCGUAGUUGCUGAAACCUUAUUUGGUUUGAUUUGUUUUGUUUUUUUUUUAUGUUGGAUUGUUCAAUUCACUUUUAAGACAGAAAAAGUGUCAUCAUAAAGAUGUUUCUCCUACUGAGAGUCAGUUAGGCAUAACAGUGCUUUGUCUACAGACGGUUUCUGUCUUUUUCAUUUUCAUAAUAAAAGUGAUGAAAAGAA